CUUUCACUGAGCCCAGCAGUAGAGUUAGCCUGUUAGCCCAAACCUCCUCUCCUCUGUCUCCUUCUUUCUGGAGAGUCUCCGGCGAACUUCUCCGAUGACGGCGAUGCGGACCUGCUCCCUCUCCGCGGCCUCGUGCCCGGGCCGUUACUCCUUUUUCCUCUCCUAUCCCGCCAUCACCGGCUGUACGUGUACCGUCUGACGGACCUUACUCCGGCGAGCGGCGAGCUGGCAACCACGCCAACUUGUUGCCUGUUUUUCUACGAGGAUCUAAAAUUAUUGUCUCGGAGAUUUCUGGUAUCCAUGAGAAGAUCUGGGAUCCCAGAAGAUCUAAGGCAGCUCAAUCGACGGAUCGUGCUUUGAUUUGGGCGGCUUGAUAAGAAGUCGCAGUCACCUCUAGCUUCAUUUCGCCGGUGGUGAUUUUCUUUGGGUAACAUUCACUGGCCAAGGAAGGUGAUUGGUGAAUGAUGACACUCUCUGCCUCUGAUGUUUGGAGGUAUUUCCUCUGGUGGAGGCUCAACUAGGCAGCCAAAAUACGAGCCACUGAAUCUGCACAUUUCUUUCCUGAUUGAGAUGCCCUCUCUCUUGUUGACAAAUUUGGCUGAGAUUCCGUUUUUCCGUGGGCAGUUUGUGUGCUUCUUUUACAUGCCUAGAAAUUUCACCCCGGGCAACACCGCACCUGCUCAUUCAAUGGAUCUCUCUUCUUUAGCUCAGUCUGCCUUUUCAUUUCAGCAAUGGCUAAUUCUUUGGAAUAAUUUGACUGAUUGGGGGACUUGCUUGCUUGAAUGGUGUUGUCACCUCUAGUUUCUUGUCCUACCAGCCCGGUGCUGAAAUAUAAGCUAUUUCUUUCUUUCUUGUCCACACUUGACUGACCUUGAUAAAAUCUGCUUACCCAUCAGAAGAUCUACUUAGUGAAGGGCGAUGCCAUGUUCCUUAAUCCUGAGGCUGACCACCUAACCACUGGCCUUGGGUUUCUAGACAAGAAUCUGCCAGUACCUCUUGUCUGCUUAAGAAAACUUCCUAAGUUCCUAACCCUGCCCCUUUUCCAGUUUGAUAUAUUUGGUGGCGAAAGCAAUCAAUGUGGACGGCUACUAGUUAAGAAAGCAACUAUUCUCAUGUCAGAAUAAUCGUUUCAGCAAAGUUCAUGUCUGUACAAGCGCCUUAAUUGACUAAUUUUGCAUUGCCAACUUAACUAAUCAUAGAUUCCCUCGUGGAAUUCAUUACUAGUUUGCUCUGGCAAGCCUGUUCCAUUUAUUUAGCUUCAUCUGCACCUACCUUUCUCCCGUUCUCAUUACUAUUUCAGGUGGAUGUAUGGUCUUCUGACUUCAUAUACUCCUAGAUGAAUGGAACAUCGGUAUCUUGGUAGUCUUCUCAUUAGGUGGAAUGUGACUCCUUCUUUUGACUAAUUGACUGACCUCGCACUCAUGGUCCAAGUGGUUCACAGUGUCUUCUCGACAAAUUGGCUGAUUUUGAAAUGUGGUUCAUAUGAUCUCUGCACUUUUAUAUGGUAGCAGGGACAAAAACACGCAAACCCCCACUCAGAGGUUGAUGGAGGCUGUUGUAUGUGUAUCAUGUGGAGCCUUGGGGUCCCUGUUACGGAAGAUGGGUGCUCUGCUCUCUGAUGAAUACAAACUUCUCACUAGUGUAAAGGGUGAUAUCGUGUUCCUUAGAGCCGAGCUUGAGAGCAUGCAUGCUUUCCUCAAGAAGAUUUCUGAGGUUGAGGACCCUGAUGAGCAGUACAAGUGCUCGAUUAAGGAGGUGCGGGAGCUGUCAUAUGACAUCGAGGACGUCAUUGACAGUUUCAUGCUCUCCCUUGGUGGCGAGUCCAGCCGCAAUCCUCGUGGCUUCAUGAGGUUCAUAGGCAGGUGCAUGGACUUGUUGGCAAAUGCCACGACUCACCAUAGGUUUGCCAAGAAAAUCAAAGUUCUGAAACGUCGUGCUAUUGAGGCUAGCAGUCGGCGUGCAAGGUACAAGGUUGAUGAUGUGGUCUCCAGUUUGAGCAGGACCAGCAUAGACCCUCGUUUGCCAGCAUUUUACACUGAGACCACAAGGCUCGUGGGUAUUGAUGGCCCAAGAGAUAAGCUUGUCAAGUUAGUACUGGCAGAAGGGGAAUCUCCACUGGCACAGCAGCUAAAGGUGGUGUCCGUUGUUGGAUUUGGAGGCCUCGGAAAGACUACUCUCGCUAAUCAAGUGUACCAGCAGCUCGAAGGGCAAUUUGAAUGUCAAGCUUUCGUUUCGGUAUCCCAAAACCCUGACCUGAAGAAGAUUUUGAGAAAUAUAUUCUCCCAGAUCUGCUGGCGAGAGCGUGUCAUCAACGAAGCAUGGGAUGAGCAGCAACUCAUCAGCGUAAUAAGACAAUUUCUCAAGGAUAAAAGGUACCUUAUAGUAAUCGAUGAUAUAUGGAGCACAUCAGCGUGGAGAAUAAUCAAAUGCGCUUUUCCUGAAAAUAGUUGUUCCAGUAGAAUACUGACAACAACACGUAUCAUGACAGCAGCCAAGUAUUGUAGCUCUCAGCACCAUGAUCAUGUGUAUGAAAUAAAUCCUCUGAGUGCAACUCACUCUAAGAGCUUAUUUCUCAAAAGAGCUUUUGGCUCUGAAGAUGCAUGCCCACUUCAACUGAGGGAAGUUUCAGAUGAAAUAUUGAAAAAAUGCGGUGGUUUGCCAUUGGCAAUCAUUAUAGUAGCUAGCUUAUUGGCAAAUAAAGCUAGUACCAUAGAAGAAUGGCUGAGGAUACGGAAUUCUAUUGGUUCUGCACUUGAAAAGGAUUCAGACAUGGAAGAGAUGAAAAAAAUAUUGUUACUUAGUUACAAUGAUCUCCCCUACCAUUUGAAGACAUGUUUGCUAUAUCUAAGUAUAUUUCCUGAAGAUUAUGAGAUCAAGAGGGAUCGGUUAGUAAGGAGAUGGAUUGCUGAAGGUUUCAUCACCACCGAAGGUGGACAGGAUCCGGAGGAAAUAGGAGAAGGCUAUUUCAAUGAUCUGAUCAACAGAAACUUGAUUCAACCAGUUGAAAUCCAGUAUGAUGGUCGAGCUGAUGCUUGCCGCGUCCAUGAUAUGAUUCUUGACCUCAUUAUAUCCAAGUCACUUGAAGAAAAUUUUGUAACCUUAUCAGGUGACAAAAAUCUCAACUCACUGCAGCAUGAGAAGGUUCGCCGACUAUCCCUCAACUAUCAUGCUCGAGAACAUUCUAUGAUACCAUCAAACAUGAUUAUCUCUCAUGUUCGAUCCCUCAGUAUCUUUGGAUGUGUUGAACAUAUGCCUUCUCUUUCAAACUCACAAUCCCUAAGAGUGCUAGAUCUUGAAAACAGAGAGGUGUUAGAACAUAAUUAUCUUAAACACAUAAGUAGGCUUUCUCAGCUGAAGUACCUGCGACUCGAUGUAAGAAGGAUCACUGCACUUCCUGAACAACUAGGUGCGUUGCAGAAUUUGCAGACCUUAGACUUAAGAUGGACAUGGGUAAAAAAGUUGCCAGCAAGUAUUGUUCAACUACAACAACUGGCAUGCCUAUUGGUUAAUAGUACAGAGUUACCUGAAGGGAUUGGGAAUAUGCAUGCUCUUCGGGAACUAUCAGAGGUUGAAAUCAACCAGAACACCUCUCAGUUUUCUUUACAGGAGCUGGGCAGUCUGACCAAACUAAGAAUACUUGGUCUGAAUCUGAAUUGGCACAUAGGUAAUACAAAUGGUGGCAUGCAAGCUUAUACAGAUAACUUGGUCAUGUCCCUCUGCAAACUAGGCCUGCUUAACCUUCGAUCCUUAGAAAUUCAAAGCUACCACUACUAUUCCCUUGAUUUCUUACUUGACUCUUGGUUUCCCCCUCCUUGUCUCCUCCAGAGAUUUAAGAUGUCUACACAGUACUAUUUCCCCAGAAUCCCUAAGUGGGUAGCCUCACUUCACCACCUCUCUUACCUAAGCAUCUAUCCCGAUCCAGUGGAUGAGCAAACAUUCCGAAUCCUUGGGGACCUGCCCUCUCUAUUAUUUCUCUGGAUAUCUUCAAGAACUGCACGACCUAAAGAAAGACUCGUUAUCAGCACCAAUGGAUUCCAAUAUCUGAAGGAAUUCUACUUCACCUGCUGGGACAGCGGAAAAGGGCUGACGUUUGAAGCAGGAUCCAUGCCAGAGCUUGGGAAGCUCCGGGUUCCAUUUAAUGCGCACGAUGUGCUCUCUUUGCAGGGUGAUCUUGAUUUUGGCAUCCAGAAUCUCUAUUCGCUAAAGCAUCUCCAUGUCGAGAUUGUUUGUUAUGGUGCGAACAUUCAGGAGGUCGAGGCCUUGGAGGAUGCUGUCAAGAAUGCAGCUGGUUUCCUUUCGGAGGAGCUCAGUCUUGAAGUGAGUAGGUGGGAUGAAGAAGAGAUCGUGAAGGAUGGGGAGCAUAAACUGGCAGCAGAGGAAGUUUAUUUUGACUACUGAGUUGAUAAUACUGCAUUUUGGGUUCAGGAAUCAGGAAGGGCGUUUAUUUUAAGAUGCUGAAACUCUGCUACAGUAGCGCCAUGAUUAUUGAUUAGCUGCAUACUCUGUGGGAAAAGCUCUUUGCAAUUUUGUGUCUGGUAAAUUUGGUUGGUUCUGUUACGCAGUAUUGAGCUCAGCCAUGGGUCUGAACAAGUGUUCUCAGAUCAGUCGUCAUUCUGCGGUGCAUUGGCUGUUGAAACUUUUUAUGUUAGAAUCAACCGACGGUGACAGCUAAAUGCUCAAGGAUCCCAUUUUGAACACAGGAAUUUGUUGCUAUAUCUGCUACGAAAUGGACUGAAUAUCGCAAAGCCGACUUGGCCAGUGAUUCAAGUUCUGUUGUUUGGUUGAAAAUUGAUACGGAGUACUUGGAACUGAUUUGCUGGGAACCAUUGAACUUUCCAGUUACAGUUCCUAUUUCGAUGUACAUUUUUGUUGGGCUGUUGUGCACCUCAGAGUUUGAACAUGACAGUCUGUGGUUAUGUAAAAAGCCUUGUUGUGCUUACACUCAAACGAUCAUUCCUUUUACUCUCUUUGUUGCCAAAAACGAAUAUUCCUUUUACUUAAUGCAUUUUGCUGAUCGAACAUCA